UACAUCUGAAAAUUUGACAUCAUAUUAUAUGCUUCAACCUUCUUAUCUGAUUCAUCUCAGGUGCAGUUUAUGAACCGGAAAUGAGCGACGCAAAGCGGAAAACACUUUGUGACUUCUUUCCUAGAUCUGAUAUACCAACAAAAGGGAAAAGUCAUGACUGUGAACCAAGAAAUGCAAAUCCGAGGAACGUGAGCAGAAGUAAUUUAGGGAAGGAGCAUGUUGUCAAUGAAGAAACAGCUUAUCGUACUAUGGCAAAGUUUUUCUGUCAAUCCGGUACAUCUCCAAAGUCAGUAGAAGCCGUGCACUUCAAAAAAUUAACUGCCUAUCUUAAUCCAAAAUUUUGUCCUUCAUCUGCCAUUGUUUCACGGUAUUGCUUGGAAUUGUACGAGGAAGAGAAAGCAAAAGUUAAAGAAAUUUUGAGAAGCUUGAAUGGACGAGUUAGCUGA